UGCCACCCGCAGGCCGCCAUCAGCCCCCAGCCCCGCAGUAAGUCCCCAACCGCACGGCCUGCGGCGCGGCCUCCGCACAGCAGGCGGCGCUGAUGAGCAGCCAUAGAGCCAGCGGCGCUUCCGGCUUCCGGGAAGGAAGGAGGCGGGAUGCUGGGCUUGCUGCGGACGGGGCUCCCCGUGCUCAGAGCAGCGGCAGGCCCACAGCUGCAGGCCCGCAGCUCCCAGCACGACGCCUCGGCUCACGCCCGCCUGCUGCUCUCGCAGCUCUUCCAGCCUCUGAACCUGCAGGUGGGUGGUGUGGCAGGAUGCGAGGGUCAGGCGGCGGAGCUGGGCUGCCGCAGCCACCGGCUGAUGCUGCAGGGUGGCCUCAUCCACCCCGCCAGCCCCGGCUGCUACCACCUCCUGCCACCUGCCGUGCGCUCCAUGGAGAAGCUGAUCCGCCUGAUCGACGGCGCCAUGCGGAACAUCGGUGGGCAGAAGGUGAACAUGCCCAGCCUGAGCUCUGCUGAGCUGUGGCGGACCAGUGGGCGCUGGGAGCAGAUGGGGCCGGAGCUGUUCCGCUUGGCUGACCGGCACGGCAAGGAGUACUGCCUGGGCCCCACGCAUGAGGAGGCUGUCACCGAACUGGUGGCCGCACACAGCAACCUGUCCUACAGGCAGCUCCCACUGCGCCUCUACCAGGUGACCAGAAAGUUCCGGGAUGAGCCCAAGCCCCGUUUCGGCUUGCUGCGUAGCAGGGAGUUCUACAUGAAGGACAUGUACACCUUUGAUGCCUCUGAGGAGGCAGCACGUCACACCUAUGAGCUGGUGUGCACAGCCUACCGCAGCCUCUUCAAGCGCCUGGGCCUGCGCUGCGUCCAGGUGCGGGCAGCCACUGGCACCAUUGGCGGCACUGCGUCCCAUGAGUUCCAGCUGCCGGCCGACAUCGGCGAGGACAGGUUGGUGCUGUGCCCUGCUGGGCAUUUCGCAGCUAAUGUGGAGAUGGUGGAUGAAAAGCAAACAGCGUGCCCCGCCUGCGGAGAAAAACUCACCCAGAGCAGAGGGAUCGAAGUGGGGCACACAUUUUAUCUGGGCACCAAGUAUUCCUCCGUGCACAACGCCGCCUUCUACACCCCCGAGAACAAGCUCCAGCUAGCAGAAAUGGGCUGCUACGGUCUGGGCGUCACUCGCAUCCUGGCAGCGUCCAUCGAGGUGCUGUCUACAGAGGACAGCAUCCGCUGGCCGAGCCUCAUUGCGCCCUACCAGGUGUGCUUCAUCCCCCCCAAGAAGGGCAGCAGGGAGGAGCGGGGAGCCGCGCUGCUGGAGCGCCUCUACGAUGACGUGGCUGAAGCCCUGCCUCGCCUGGCGGGCGAUGUGGUGCUGGAUGACAGGACGCAGAUGACGAUUGGCAAAAGGCUGAAAGACGCCAACAAGUUGGGGUACCCCUACGUGGUCGUAGCCGGGAGGAGGGUUUGCGAGGACCCCCCGGUGUUUGAGGUUUGGGAUCAGAGCUCUGGCACGGUUUUGUACCUCACCAAGGAAGGUGUCAUUGAGUUACUGAGUAAAGUGCAACUCCCUUGAAA